CAGGCGCGAUUUAUAAACACAGCUCCGCAAGUGGUGCUCCUGCAGUUGGCCUUUCAGUCUCGGCUCGUGCGCUUGCUUUCCCGCGGCGAUGUGAGCUGCAACGUGUUGACGGCUGCUCAGGUGGGAAACGAACUUCGCGUAAAGCUCUCAAGCACCCGCGCUUUCGGCAGACGAAGACCCGUUGCAGGUGUCAGUCAAGUCGCAGGUCUCAGAGCAAUCACAGAGCAACGGACAAAGGGGUCCAAAUGGAGCCCGUGUCAUUCACCGGCGUGAAGACCUCUGCGGGCGCGAACGUCUCCAAGUAUAAUGUCAACUUCACAGCGCCGCGAUACGUGACUCUGUACGACAUCGACGUCCCGGCUGACGGCUCCGCCGGCCUUCGGAUCAUCAUCUCCAUAGUCUACUCGCUGGUGUGCGCCCUGGGGCUCGUGGGCAACUUCUUGGUUAUUUUCCUCAUGAGGAGCAAGCAGCGGUGGCAGAAAUCGGCGAUAAACACCCUGGUGUUCGGCCUGGCAGUCACGGACUUCCAAUUCGUGCUCACUCUGCCUUUCUGGGCCGUGGAGGUGGCGCUGGAUAUGACCUGGCCAUUCGGGCUCGUCAUGUGCAAGCUCAUCUUGUCGCUGACCGUCAUGAACAUGUACGCGAGCGUCUUCUUCCUGACGGUCAUCUGCAUCACGCGCUACUGGUCCAUCGCUUCGGCCCUGAAGGCGCGGAGAAGGCCCGCGGCUUGCACGGCCAUGUGGCUCAACCUGGUCAUCUGGCUCGCGGCUGGACUCGCCACGCUGCCGCACGCCAUCUACUCCACGACGGCGGUCGUGUCCAGCGAGGAGCUGUGCCUCGUCCGCUUCCACGGUCCCGUCAGCAGCGCGCAGUUCUGGCUCGGGCUGUACCAUCUCCAGAAGAUUGUGCUCGGCUUCGCGUUGCCCCUGCUCAUCAUCAGCGUGUGCUACCUGCUGCUGCUGCGCUACCUUAAAGUGCACACGCUCAACAACAACAACAACCCCAAGAAGCGGUCGCGCGUCACCAAGUCGGUGACGGUCAUCGUGCUCUCGUUCUUCGUCUGCUGGCUCCCCAACCAGGCCAUCACGCUCUGGGGCGUGCUGGUCAAGUUCAACAGGGUGCCCUUCAGCUCGGCGUUCUACGCCGCACAGACGUACGUGUUCCCGGCCAGCGUGUGCCUGGCGCACACCAACAGCUGCCUCAACCCGAUCAUCUACUGCCUCAUGCGCACCGAGUUCCGCGAGGUGCUCAACGAGAUGUUCUGGAGAAUAUCCCCCGCCGCGUUGACGCGCAAUUGCCAGAUCGGUCCCUUUCUGCACACCGGGGCUCGCACCCGCGAGCGCUGCGAGGCGAGGGUCGCCAACGACGUCGUGGCAAUACCCCUGCAGCCCCUGGAUAGCAGCGAGCAGGCUCGCAACCGGGGCUCGAACCCGUGCCACCGGAGAGACGACACCCUGCCCAGCACCACGGCCGUGCAGCGGCUGUGCUGAGCAUCGGAGCUCAAGAGGCCGCAGUGUUCCCCGCGCACACUCUGCACCACGCGUGUUGCUCGUUCAAGAUGCCACGAGGCGGUUCGGCCCGCUGAGAUGCAUUUCAUCGUAUUUUUUUUUAAACAUUUUAUUUAUAGACUUUUCCUCGCAAUGGGCUUUGUAGGGUACCGUGGUCGUCUAUUCGUUUUGAUGGUGGUAGUGAUCCAUACGCUCGGUUGAGAUACUGCCACAAUUUAUUACACUUGUACACCCUGGGUGUGUGUAAAACGUAAUUACGGUUGUAUUUAACCUCACUGAACUCAACGCAUUACGCACACAGAUGGCGCAUGCGAGGUGGCAGCGCGCGUGUAUCCUGUUGGUUGUGCAAAUGCACGGACAAGUACUGUACUUAAGCACGAAGCCUAUGAAGCUAUGACCCCCUCCCCCCACGCCGAAAUACGCCCGCUCUCGUCAGAUCUCGGAAGCUCAGCAGGUGUGAACCUGGACAGCGCUCGGAUGGUCGACCACCAAUGCGAAAAGCAGGCGUCGUAGAAUGCCGCAGGACUGCAUCGUCAGCAGCGGGCAGUGCAGCGAGAGGCCAGCGUUGUAUUCUACUAUCCUUCAACGUCUAAGCUCACCGCCUUCACGAACCCGUGCUGACCAGCGUGGUGAAGUGCGCUCAAAUGCCUAACCACAGUUAACCGCACGGCCCUCUUCCAGCGGCGGAUUGACAUAAGGGCUGUAACAUGGGCAUGCGUCCGAACCAGUAUCAUUAAACAAAAACGUUACUACUGAUGCGUGCGAUCAAGAGAGUACGCGCUGGGGGUAGACAAACUGCGUGUUUCAACUGCAGGGAGGGGAAGGGCAGCACAACAUUGUAGAAAAAAAAAACACGGAGUCAUACUGUUUGGGGACAUUGAGGACGAGUAAACUCAUUGGCAAACAUUCCAUCAAAUCGUUAUUGUUGAGUGCACUGUGGGUGGGUCUGUUCUUCGAUGUAGAUCACAGGAUUGGCUUAAUAGUUCGUGUUUUGUGUGCAUACUUUGUUAAAGUGGUGUAUACAGACUUGGCCAACAAAAUCUACUUAAGUAAACAUUUAGAUGGUGGUGGCAAAUUGUAUGAUUAAAUCGGCUUGCUUAACACCAGUAAUUUAACAUUGGAGCCAUUUGCUUGUUGUGUUUUCAGCUACCCAAUCCAAUUAAUGCCAUAUAUUGUUGGGGCGGUUGCACAGUGGUUAAUACGGUCUGCUACAAACCCGGCGACCCGAGGUCUAUGCAAAAACCGGUGACGAUUAUCUGACUGGUUCUGGGCCUCCUCUAGGUAGACUCAGCCGCAAAUGAAUACCUGGUGUGGUGUGCAAUCAUCAUCACGAGCGAGACAAAGGCAAGGACAAAAACAUCGGCUUGUCACGUGGGCAUGUAUUGCCAAAUGCUUGUUUUCCUUUUCAGUAAAAACCGGUUACGUUGAAACGCAAACGAAAAUCUUUGGCCAAGCAUCACCAGGCGCUCGCAAGAGCUCAAGGUACCUGAUGUAGGCGCCACGACGCCAUGGGGAAAACUUAUGCAGGUGAACCGGUUUGAUAGAGCUGAUUGCUGCUUCGUUGUAAUUUACAGAGUACAAAUAGUGUAGCAAAGUGAAUUUAUUUAAUUAUUGGCGAAAACGGGCUAUGGGUUAACUCCAUUACGGUGUUAUUGCGUUCGUUCAAAUUGAGAAUGGUAAAAAAAAGUCGAAGUAAAUCGUUAGUAAAUGCCAAUGUAUACAACUUUAGAUAGUAGUGGAAGGUGCCUUACAAAUACAUGCAAAUUGUUAUAUCUUCAAUGAAAUACAUGUACCCAACUAUAAUGUAACAAACAAUAACUUUCCAUCCCCCACCAUACUAAUAUUAAUAACUAACCCUCAUAGCUCAAAAUUACAUUAUAUUUUGCACUUUAGCCCAAAAUAAAUCAAUUAUUGGUCGUCAUAAUAUUGGUCAUGAAAGUAAAAAUACAAUUGCUAUGAUUACACUGUUAACCUGGACUCAUUCGGAACACUGAACACAAUCCAUUAUAAUUUCCAAUUUUGAAAAAUUGAUUCAAGAAGAGUUUUACAAAUCCGUGUAGAUUUUGUGCAUACUUGAGUGGAAAUUCAGACAUUCUGAUAAUCAUAACUAGACGUAAUGUUAAUGUAUCAAUUAUUUGGAAGCAUUACACAUUAUUACAUCUGUAAUAAUGUUAAUAGACUGCUUGUGUGUUAUGUGUUAGUGUACGUUGUAUUGCACACUCUAUUAUUGCAACAUGUGAGUGUGUGUGGCUGUGUGAUACUCUCCGUGGAAUUGAAAUUGCGAAGCCAUCAAGGAUCAUGAUAAUUAUGGUUUUUUAUAAAUUUAAAACCGUUCGGCCUUGAUUUGUGAGCGCUUGUCAUGCCUGCAUCAGUUCAUCCUAAUUCAAAUCAAUAUAGUUGAUAACAUUCAUGUGAUCAAUAUAUACAUAUGAUUUAUCGAGACUAUUUGUUAAAAGAUUAAACUUUUACAACUCAGAAUGCAGAUCAACGUGACGACAAUAAAAAUUAGAAUGAGAAGAUAUUUUCUGAAAUUGGAUUUUGAGAAAAACAACUGUAAAGUCAAUGGGAAAUUAUUAGGCAUCUCAGACUUUAUAACCACGUGGUCAUUAAAACAACAUAUGUCAAUGAACGACACGAAAUUAUUAAAGAACUUGCCAAAGAAAGCCGUAAAGUGUGGUUCAAGAUUCCUAUGAGCAAAAUAAGUAACUCAUAAUACACUUUUUGGGUUAGAUCGCGUUAUUUAUAAAUGUGUCGUAAUCCUCCACCACCCGACACGGUCAAU